AUUUUGUGUUUGACAAAAAGUUGUCAAUUUUUAAAUAAAACACAUAGUAAUAAAGUCAUACGCGUGCAUUGAAAUACAAAUAUUUCAAAGAUGAAAUUGGUGAGAUUUCUGAUGAAGCUCAGUCAUGAGACUGUAACAGUUGAAUUAAAAAAUGGUACUCAAAUUCAUGGCACAAUUACUGGAGUGGAUGUGGCCAUGAAUACUCACCUGAAGAGCGUUAAAAUGACUAUUAAAAAUAGAGAUCCAGUCCACUUGGAGUCCUUAAGCAUUCGAGGCAACAAUAUUCGCUACUUUAUAUUACCCGACAGUCUGCCAUUGGAAACUUUGCUUAUCGAUGACACUCCAAAGUCGAAGUCGAAGAAGAAAGACAGCGGGCGUGUUGGAAACCGUGGACGAGGCAGAGGCAGCCGUGGACGUGGAGGUCCAAGAGGACGUGGACGAGGCAGAGCUCCGGCUAGACGUUAAGUAUAUAGUUCAGAAAA